AUAGUACGGAAUUGUUCAUGAUGUUGGUCAUCCUGUUUUGAUGGCGGUGGGAACGGUGAGUGACAUCUGGGGGUAUCGUUGAGCUUGCUAUAUACGUGUAGCAAUGGUAAACGGUCGAUAAAUAAUUGCCAUGUAACAAAAUGAAGUUUUAUAAGUGAAGUUCAAAGUACGUGCCGAGCGCGAAAAACGGAACAACCUGAAAAAGUUAAGAAAGUGGAAUUUGGACUCCAUGCUUUCUGCCCUCACCGGCACCUUUCAUCCGUUGACCAAUUAUUCAUCGCCAUUUUGUUUAGCUUUGUCUGUUUAUGAUGGAAGUGGUUCAGGUUUCAGCAAUGCUGUUCCUGUAAAAGCUGCAUGGAACUUUACAGCAUGCCCCAGCUACACAAAACAUCACCAGUUUAUACAAAUACACAGUACGAGGGUGGGGGAGAGGACAUCACUAAUCGCAGAACAUCUACUAGUGAUGUUAAAAAGUAUGGACCAGUGUCGAAUGAUGCAUUGCCAUUGUUAACAAGUUCUGCAUGGAGUGCGGUGAUCCAUCGCCCAGCUGAUGAGGACUCAGAGCCAGACAAUCUUCCCUCCACAGUGGAUAUGGAUGCUAUCAAGGGUUCCCCAGCAACAUCACUGACGGCUCCUAAGACUCCAUUGGCUAAUGUUGAUGCUCUAUGGAGUCAGGACAAGGAGGAGAGGAAAGAGGAGGUGUCAAAAGAUCUUGGAGAAGCAGGGGGCAGUGAAAGUGAUGAGAGUGAAGCAGAUGAAUCCGACAGUCAAGAUUCUGAUGAUGAUGAUGAUGGUGACUCAGGAGAUUCUGUGACUGCCAAUGGCUCGGUCAGCGAUUCAGAGGGCUCGGAAAGUGGCUCAUGCAGUUGGAGCGAUUCGGACUCAGACUCAGACAGCAGCUCCUGCUCGUCGGGCAGCGGUUGCUCAAGUGGGCGAUCCUCACAUACCCACCAAACUUUUUCCAUCAGGGAGACUAAUUUUGAUCAGGGAGGUCUGAAACUGAAGAUUGCUGCUCUCAAAGUCACAAAGAAGACAGCUGCUAAAGAUGCUGAUGUGAGAAAAGUUAGUCCAGUUGUGACUAAAUUGUAUGGAAAGGAGAAACCAAAGGCAGAAAAGACAUCAACUCAGGUACGAGCAGUUAUGAGACCAGAUGCCAAAACUAACGGCACCAAGAAAUUGGAGGUCCGGAAGAAACCACUUGAAGUACGGGAUGGCAGCAAGGCUCGUGGCGUUGGACGUGCACAGAACAAGGAUAAGGUGUCGGGACGUGGAUGUCUGUACAAUGUGCGUGGUACAGCCUCCCCCACAAGGGGGCAGACAAGUCCUCUGCACAGCAAUACGGACACUGCUGAUGAUAGUGACGAUGAAGAGGAAGAAGAAGGUGUGGCAGAAAUCUCGCAACAACUGGCUCACGAUCUGGGACCCAUUGAGCAGGAGAAUAUUGCCAUCUCAGAACAUCUUCAGGUUAUCAACCAGGAAGAUCUUGCAGCAAUCCUGCCAGAUGUGGUGACAACUGGUAACCAUGACGAUGGUGGGGCUCCAUUUGAUGGGUUUGAAGAUGUGAGUUCUGAGAGUGGAAAAGUUGCUGCUGAUGGAAGUGGUAGUGGCCAACAGCAGCAGCCACUGCCGUCACAGCAACAGCAGAGUGGGAGCCAGCGGGCAACAGAGUCUGGCAGUGAUGUUGAGUUACCUGAGCAGGUGGUGAGUGAGGCCAUUAAGAGGAUCCACAUAGACAGCGAAGAAGUGGCACAGGAGGCGGAGGAGGCAGACGCAAGCAGCAGUGGGGAGAGUGGUGAGGAGGAGGCGGGGGGAAGUGGUGGUGGGCCAGGGUCUGGCUACUCAUCGACUCUUUUGCAACAAUUUGUGGUGAAGACAGAAAUCCUCUCAUCAUCAUCAUCAGUAGUGAGGGAAGAACCUCGUAGAAGAAAGCGGGGCAGGCCCCCCAAGCUUGCUGUCAGGUUAGAAUCUGCGGCAGAGAGUUCUCGUUCAGGUGGUGUAGGGAAGUGCAUGCCAGAGCUUGAAUCUUACAUGAGGUUGGAUUGUUCUGUGUCAAACGUGUCUCCAGACAGUGGAAUUCAGUCUGUUGCUGGUUCUCCCAUUCAUCAGUCCUGCUCUCCGGCAUCAAACCCCACAGCUCAUUCACCGGCACCUGCUCUAACGGCAAGUCCUCGUAGUACUCCACCUCCACCAAUACUUUUGCUUGGAGAGGAUCGGCGAGGUAGCAUGGCAAGGAGAGGUCCUGGUCGCCCACCCCGAUCCCGUGGACCUGGCCAACCAAAGGGACCAGGGAAGAAGAUGAAUAAUGAAAGGAAAGGGGAGACCACAUCAAGGGGGGAAGUGGGGUGCGGGGAUUGUGGCAGUAGAGUUCUAGUAAGUGGGACGGACAGUUGUGAUGAAAACCCACCUGCACCAUCUCCAGUUCCAGCGGUGCCUGUUAAGCGAGGACCUGGGAGACCAAAGAAAGCUCCACCUGUGCUGGAACCCAAUUUGCCGUUGCCAGCCUGUGAACACAUCAGCAAGGAUGAUGAGGGCAAAACUCAUGGGAACAAGAAACCUGGUGCCAGUGCUAGGGCUAGUGAUCAGCAGGCAGAGAGUGAUGUGAAACAUCCAGUUGUUGAACUUCUGAGUGAAGAACUGGGCAUGAAGGAGCACAGGAGCAGUGCAAUUUUAAGUGACAUAUGUGACAGAGUAAGUAAGCGUCUGGAGGCUCCCAAUCCUGUGACAGACCGUAGGUUCCAGUCACAGUCCCCAAAGGUGAGAAUGGGGGCACAGCGGAAGUCGGAAGCGUCUCCUCAGGCCAAGUUAGGAGCAUGGGUGGAGAAAAGAAGGAAAGGGAGGAGAAGAAAUGAGUCUGGGGACUGGGGGGAAGUGGAGUCAGGAGCAGAAAAUGAACAUGGCCCUCAGUUUCAGUUUCCUAGACAGCGACGACUCUCGAGCUCAGCUGGAUCACCUUGUAGUUUGAGCCAUCAGGGAAGUAUUCGGAACAUCUCAGCACCAAAGGCUUUAGCUACCAGAAUGCUUAGAUUUCCUUCAGGCAUGCCUCAUCAUAAACAUAAAAGAAGGAAGAAAAAAGUGAAGUGCUUAAGGACAGAGAAAGUGCUGUCAGAUCCAAAUUUCUUGCUGGACUUGGAAAAACUGGCUCAAGACUUUAAACGUUGUUGCAUUAUUGCUAGGACUAAUGCCAGCCCUGCCUCAACCCCUCGAUCUGGAUCUGGGGAUGCCAACUUGCCCUCAAUCUUCAGGAUGAAGAGGAUAAUUAAGAAGAGAAAGGGUAGCGAGAAAUCUCAGCGAGCUAGUGACAGAGAAUCUGGGACAGAGGGUGAUGGUGGCAAGGAGAAGAACCGACAGCGACGGCCAAAGAAAAGCACAGUGGAGUCUCCUAAGGGACAAGAGAGGGUUGAGACAAACAAUGAGCAGAGACUGCCUUUGAAGAAACGCCACUACCAUAUCUCAACUGCAGCCGUGAGUCUUCAGCCAACCAACUGUCUGCCACAAGCUGACGCGUUGGUCACAGCAGUAGACUGCACCAAAAAGGCCCUCGAGCGCACCACCACCCAGGAGAAAGACAAGCUUCCCGUCACAGCCAGUGUUGGAGUUGGUGGUAAAAGCCAAGGAAGACCCACAGCUGACAAGCCAGUCAUUGUGAGGGAUAAGAGUGGUUGUGGGAGUGGUGUGUGCUGCACGGGCUUAGUAAACAGUGGUGAAGUGAAGUCAAAACCUGUUGUAGACGUGCCAAGAAAUUCAAUAGACGAAGCCAUUGAAGCUUGCAUCACUCGGUACACAGCAACUUCCCCCCCAGUUGAGAAUUCUACUCCAUCAGUUCACUCCGUGAUAGCAACGCCAAAGAAGCGGCAUCGAUUGGAAACUGCAGCUGCUGUUGCAGGUAUGAUGGGUAAGAGCCCAUGUACAUCUGUGAACAAAAGCAAAGAGAGUGCCACUGAGGGUGCCACUAUAAACAGCAGCAAAUUAUCUGGUGUUGCAGUUAGCACUCCACCCCCAAGUAAACGAACUGUGUCCAGAAGUGCAAGUGCGAACUCUGGAAAUGUGACUGUUUCAAGUGAUUCCAGUGUAACUCCUGACACAAUAAAAACUUCCAUGGUUUUAGACUCUAGUGUUGGUGGAUCAUCUGAAGCAACUGUAGACUCUGCAAUAAAUGUGUCUCCAACACAGAAAGUUUCAUCAUCUGUGGGCAAAGUGACUUCCUCUUGUAAGGUGUCUCCAGCAGCAAACAAGAUGGCAUCACAGACAAAUAAAGCCACAUCCCCUGCAAGCAGAACUUCUGUGUCUUUGAGUAAAAGUUCAGGUCUAGUGAGUAAGCCAUGUACAGUGAUGGCCACUAAAGUGUCCUCACAUACCAAGGUUACUGCGGCUAGUAGUAAGGUCUCUUCAUCUCCUGUUAAACAGACUUCUCCUGUCAGUAAACUGUCCAUGUCUUCUCCAAGUAAAGUUACUGCAUCUCAGCCCUCAUCUGCUACCAAAGUAUCGAGUACAUCAGGCAGUAAGGCUGUUUCACCAUCAAGUAAAGUCACUUCAUCACUGAGUAAAUCAUUAGUACCUGCAGGUAAAGCAGCUUCGCCAAAAGCCUUUGCAGUUUCUUCAAAAGUGAACUCAUUUCCUUCUACCGUUGUGACAGUGUCUGCUUCUACUGUCACCACCACAACUACUACUGCUGCCACAGUGGCUGCCACUGCUGUAGUGACAACUGCCACCACAAGUAUAGCAACAGUGUCAACAUCAGCAGUGGAUGAAAUGAUGUUGUCAAGUAGGUUAGCUGUAAUACCCAUGCCACACAAUCUGAGAUUGAAACGUGUGAAUGUAACAUCAGAAAGGGAUGAGUCGCAUUUGAAACGUGGUGGUAUAGGAAAGAAGAAGAAACUCAUUCGUGAUAUCCGUGUACAUGUGACAAAACUUUCCCCCACAGACUUUCUAUUAAAGAAAGCUGUUGGUACAGUGAAGCAGCGUGUGCGUCGAAGGAAAGCCAUAAAUCGUACAGGGUUCCCAAUCAAAAAGAAGAAGAAGAAGCAGUGUGUUAGUGGUGAUGUGAAGCCACUGAAGUGUCCAAACAGUGCCCCUGUUCCUACCCCUCUCUCUGCACCUGUGAUAAAUAUAGAUAUUAAGAAAUCCCCUGCAUAUAAUAGCACGACAAAGACUCUACCACAGAACAUGGGGGUUAAAGAAAUUCUAAAUCGUGCUGAGACUAAACGAACCCACGGUUUAUGUAAGAAGGAUAGGAGCAGUCGAAUCUCAGAAUCAUGUCCUAAAGACAGAAAAAUGGAGAAAGAAGAUGGGGUGAAAGGGGAACUUGAAAAGAAGCCGCUAGAAGCAGUGAGAAAAACAGUCAAUGGUAAACGUGAUGCACUCCAUUUACCUCAUGAAGAUAUUUCUCUUAAAGAGAAGAAAGAACAUUCGGAGACAAAAUUGGGAGAGGAUGGGGAUGCUAUUCCAAACAAACCUGAAGACAGUAUAGAAAUGGUGGGGGGAGAUGCCCAGUGUUCAGAAACCAAAGAGUCUCAGUUAAGUUCGAAACAGAACAAAGGAUCCAUGGUGGACAGUGGCCACACCUGCUCAAAGUUGACUGAAUUGUGCAGCCUUACAGUCCCUGAAGCAGAUCCAGGGGUGCCAGUUGCAAGUGGCCACACCCCUGAUGCAGGGGAUAAAGAUUGUAGGGUUCGAAACAAGAGGAAGCGUGAUAGCUCAAAGGAUGACUGUCCCUUGCCACUCGGCUCGAAACGAAUGAGGAGGUAUCGAGAUGACGACAUGGAUCAGGAUGACAGCUGUGAUGUACUGCCGUUUGAGGUGUUACCAUGUAGUGACGUGCCAUCUGGGGAUGAAUCAACAAAAUCUUGUCGUCGCAAGAAACAGCCUCGUUGGAGAAAAAAGUUCUUGGCUGCUGGGCUCUUCUCUGACUACUACAAGGAGGAUGAGCCUAGGAAACCAAACAAUGAUGUGGGGAAACCAAGACUGGUGUACCGGCCAGAGGAGCACCAGCAUGGGCUGCUGCCUCCUCCCUACCACUGUGGCAAGUACCUGCGCCAGCGACGCGUGGAAUUCAAGCUGCCAUUUGACUUAUGGUGGCUGCACACUCACAACCAGCUGCCAGGUCGAGACAGAGUGCCUUCGUGGAACUACAAGAAGAUCCGUACCAAUGUGUAUUAUGAUGUGAAGCCAACAUAUACGUAUGAGGCACAGGCUUGCAACUGUGUGCUGCCUUCAACGCCAGGCCAUAAAGGAUGCGGAGAGGAUUGCAUAAAUCGUAUGGUGUAUUCAGAGUGCUCACCCCAGCUCUGCCCAUGCAAGGAGCUAUGCUCAAACCAGAGGAUACAGCGCCACGAGUGGGCCCCAGGGCUGGAGAAAUUUAUGACCAAAGACAAGGGCUGGGGAGUGAAAACGAAGUAUGCCAUUAAGCCUGGAGAGUUCAUCCUUGAAUAUGUAGGAGAAGUGGUGAGUGAGAAGGAGUUUAAAGCACGGAUGGCAACCCGCUACAUCCAUGACACACAUCAUUACUGCCUUAACCUUGAUGGUGGCUUGGUGAUAGAUGGGCAUCGCAUGGGAGGAGAUGGUCGGUUUGUGAACCACUCAUGCGAGCCUAACUGUGAGAUGCAGAAGUGGAGUGUUAAUGGAUUAUUCAGGAUGGCUUUGUUUGCUCUGAGGGAAAUCCAUCCACAUGAAGAACUGUCAUAUGACUAUAACUUCUCAUUGUUUAACCCUGCUGAAGGACAGCCUUGUAAAUGUGGUAGUAUGCACUGUCGAGGCGUGAUCGGCGGAAAGUCCCAGCGUGUGAAUGGUACAACACCCCGCAUGGAGGAGAAGGGAGAACGCAGGAUGGUUGGUAGACCUCGGAAGAAUGCUCGAAAGAAUAGUUCCAGUGUAGGCAGCAGCAUGAGUGUGAGCACUAACAGCAGCAGCAGUAGCAGCAACACAAGCAAUAAUAGCAGCACUGUUCAUAACAGUAACAACAGCAGCAGCAAUAACAACAUAAGUAGCAAUACCAAUAAUUCUGGCAGCAACAAUGGCAGCACCACUAACAGUAGUAGCACCGGCGGCAAGCUGAAGUACAAGAAAGCAUUGAACGAAGGAAACGCAGGGCAGAGGCAGAGCUAUGUGACACCAGUGAAACCGAUGUCUCACCAGCAGAGGUGUUUUGCACAGCUGCAUCAUUGCUUCCUGCUUAGAAACCUUGAAAAGGUUAAGCGUCUUCGUGAGCGCUUGAAGCAGGCUUCAAGAAGGGAAGAGUCAGUGCUCUGCAACUAUGCACGGCCACAAGUGAAACAGUCAGAUGUCUUUCUGACACAGCUCAAUGCACUAACCAGCCCCCGUAAUAUUCGUACACGGAGGCUAGCGCAGGCUGAGGACAAUCCAGAACUGACGAGGACAGCGCGGCUUGCUUAUGUGUUACGUGACCUAUACAACAUUGUGAUAGCAGCAAAAGAUGAGCGAGGAGAAAUGCUGGCAGCCCCAUUUCUGACAUUGCCAUCGAAACGCAAACUUCCACAGUAUUACCAGCGUGUCACAGAUCCAAUUGAUCUAUGCACUCUGGAACAAAAUAUUGUCACAGGAUUUUACCGUACCGUGGAAUCCUUUGAUCGAGAUAUGAGUCGGCUUUUCAACAACAAUGUGCGAUUCUUUGGGCGAACAUCAGAGUUGGGUAUUGCAGCCACAAGGUUACGUAAGGCAUAUAAUAUGGCAAAAACCGACUUCCUUGCUCAGAUAGAAGACAUCUUGGGGGAGAGCCCUCCAGCAUCAUUCUUACCAGAACAUGAUCCAGGAGGGGAAGAAGAGGACGUGAUCAGGUGCAUAUGUGGCUUAUAUAAGGAUGAAGGCAUGAUGAUCCAGUGUGAACGUUGUCUUGUGUGGCAACACUGCGAUUGUGUACGUGCCGAUGAGGGUGUGGAGCAUUAUCUCUGUGAGAGGUGUAAUCCACGUCCUGUGGAACUGGAGAUUGUAAUGGACCCACAACCCCAUUAUGCCACUCCUGGUCUCAUAAAUUACAUCACAUUACUCAGGGGUGAUCUGCAGCUCAGACAGGGUGAUACUGUGUAUGUGCUGCGGGAUAUGGUAGAGGAGAAUGCGCCGAAGACAUCUCCUCCAACCAAGCACACCUACAAAACGAUCAAGAACUUCAGUUACGCAGAUCUGGAUAUUUUCAGGAUAGAACGACUCUGGAAGGAUGAAAAAAAUGAGCGAUUUGCUUUUGGGCACCAUUAUCUUCGACCCCACGAAACAUACCAUGAACCGUCACGGAAGUUCUUCCCAAAUGAAGUUAUGAGAGUUCCAUUAUAUGAGGUGGUGCCACUGGAUCUGAUAAUGGGACACUGCUGGGUGCUGGACCUCAAUACGUACUGCAAGGGUCGUCCUGUGGGUGCACCUGAGGAACAUGUGUACAUCUGUGAAUAUCGUGUGGACAAGAGUGCACACCUUUUCAGCAAAAUCGCAAAACCCCGCCAUUCCAUAUGCACCAAGACAUAUGCGUUUGAGACCUUUGACACAAGAUUGAAUCCAAAACGCACGUACACACCCCAUGGUCCAGUGACAUUGCGUGCUCGUGGGCGGGGUGCAAACAAUCGCACAUCACAGGAGGAAGAAUCCAAACCCAGUGCUCCCACUGAACUGCAGCAGCCGCAGAGCUGCCAGCAGCAAGACGAUGAUGAGCUGCCACUAGCCAGAGUAAGGGACGAUGCUUUGGCACGAAAGCGGGCAGAUCAGAAGCGUCGCCUGAACCGGAUAUUGCUGCGUCUGCUGGCACGCCUGCCCGGCAAGCAGCCGCUGGACUUAUCCUUCCUGCUGGAGCCCGGUCGCAGGCACCGCAAGAAACCCUCAAUGCUUAACCCUUGAGAAUGGCUCCUGUAAAAGGGGUUGGGACUUGCAUGUUGAUCUGUCCUCCUUCAUGAUGAGAUUAAAUUUUAACUUAUUUUAUGAACUCAGUUUUAUUUAUAAGAGAAUGUGGGAUUUUUUUAUUUCAUUGUGAGUGAUGACAGAUGUGAGGAUGAAGGAUGAUAAUUUGGUAGGGCUCUUUGAUGAUAUGUGAUCCAGCUGACCCAACCCCUGCCCCCAGAUGGUGCAACUGAAAUCAAUGAUUUGCAGUUAUGUAAUUACAGAGCUGGUCCAUGUGCUUGUGUUAUCUCUGCUGUAUAGUUGGCCAUUUUAUUUGUAUUAGUUGUCCAUCCAUCUGAGGGUUCUCUGUACACAUUGCCAUUCUCAAAACAGGACCAUAACUUACACACCGAAUACAAAUACCAAACCAGAAUGAGAAUAACAGUGCAUACCUUUGUGAAGUUGAAAGUUACUGCUUUCUGGGGUGUCAUGCUGUGUAAUUUGGUAUAUUGUACCAUGCAUGAGCAAGAAUUACUUUUUUAUGUGGGACAAUAACAGAUUUUUCUCUACUAUAACAAUUUUUUCACUGUAAUAUGAGAAUUUGUAAAAUUUUCUCGCAGUAUAUUAAAGUGUACUAUUUAUCCAAAGAAUAUGGAUAGCUCAGUCAGUAUAGUGAUGGCUGUGUUCUGGAUGACUGGGAUUCGAUUCCAGGCAGGGGAAAGAUUUU